AUGUCCCCCACCUUGAGCCAUGCAGACAUUCAUUCUUUAAAGAGGAACGAAGCGCUGGAGAUUCUUGCCCAGAUUUCACGCGUCGAGAAGAAGACAUUCCCGACCAAUGAGGCAUUCGGCUUCGGUGAAGAAUUAUGGAGAAAAAAGCCCAACACGCGGGUUCUAUACACAACCCGCGCCAACGAGAAUACCGCGCGAUCCGAUCUUGUGGGCUACGCGGUGUACGUCCGCCAGAAGGGCGUCGCGCUCCUGCACAAACUUUGUGUGAUCGAAGCUUAUCGCCGCCAGGGUGUGGGCCACCAACUCAUGUCCUACAUUCAGGAGCGCCUGCGAAAGGAGGGCUGCCAGUACAUUCAGCUAUGGGUGGACCAGGCUAGGGAGCCAGCAUGGGCGUUGUAUCGCCGGUGUGGAUUCGAGGAGCGCGAAGUGAUCCCUGACUACUAUGCCCCUGGACGAACAGGCAUCAGAAUGGUCCUUGAUUUGGCGCGUGACGGUUGA